AUGAGCUUCUGUGAGUCACUUUCAUUUAAUAACACUUCAGUAGAUGGAAAAGUAGUUUUGUGCUUUACAACAGUAGGUGCACGAGCUGUUCUAACAACAGCUGCGUCAGCUGUGAGAGAAGCUGGGGGUGUGGGAGUGAUUGUUGCUAGAAAUCCAAGUGACAUGCUAGGUUCCUGUGGCAAUGACUUUCCAUGUGUCGUAGUAGACUAUGAGCUUGGUACCCAGAUACUGUUCUACACCCGCUCUGCCAGAUCUCCUACAGUAAAAAUAAGCCCUUCUAAAACUCUUGUGGGGAAUCCUGUGGCAACCAAGGUUGCUGACUUCUCCUCCAGAGGACCUAGUUCCAUUGCUCCAGCCAUUUUGAAGCCAGACAUAGCGGCACCUGGAGUAAGUAUAUUGGCUGCUAGUUCUCCUGCAUAUCCCUUUGAGGCUGGUGGGUUCUCUAUUCUUUCUGGGACAUCAUUUUCCACUCCCCAUGUCUCUGGAAUUGUGGCACUUCUUAAAGCAAUUCACCCCAAUUGGUCCCCUGCUGCUAUCAGAUCAGCAAUUGUCACAACAGCAUGGAAAACUGAUCCAUAUUCUACUAUAUUUUCUGAGGGAUCCACUUGGAAACUGGCCGAUCCAUUUGACUUUGGAGGUGGCUUAGUGAACCCAAACAAAGCUACAGAACCUGGUCUUGUUUAUGACAUGGGCACAAAUGACUACAUACAUUACCUCUGUGCUGUGGGUAAUAAUGACUCAUCAAUCUCUCUUGUUGUAGGAAAAGUAACAACUUGUCCAGGUACCAUACCCUCUAUUUUGGAUGUGAAUCUACCUUCCAUUACCAUUCCAAACCUGAGCAAGUCAGUGGUCCUGACAAGAACUGUAAAAAAUGUUGGUUCUGUCAACUCCAUGUACAAAUCCUUGAUCGAGCCUCCCUUUGGCAUUUCUGUUUCCGUCAGACCUCAAACUUCAAUUUUCAACUCUACCACCAACACAGUGUCCUUCAAGGUUACUUUCUCCACAACCCACAAAGUGAAUACUAGAUUCUAUUUCGGAAGCCUGACCUGGACAGAUGGUUUUCAUGCUGUGACAAGUCCUAUAUCUGUAAGAACACAGAUUAUACAGUCAUACACUGAUGAUAACUGA